ACUGCGCUCGUCGGAGGAGUCUCUGAGACCUGCUUCACCCCGUCUGAUCAAGAGACCCGCAGGUUCGCGUCGUCUAGCGCUGGCUCUCCAGGAUUCCCUGAGACGAGAAGAGCGCGACGAGUGAUCGGCGUUGUCCGUCGUGGCGAGGACCGGUUCGAUGACUCGAUUGGCAGAUCAUUUAGGUGAAAUCGUGCGAGCAUUGCCCCGAAGAAUCCCAGACAGGCGUCGCGAAACAGGUGAACAACUGGACGCAGCUUCGAGGGUAGACGUUACAGAGACUGCCUGAAUCCACGAUUUCUGCCUCACCGAAAUUUGAGAAUAAAAAGUAUUGCUUUGCAAGCUUAUUUUGCAUGGUAAAACGCGACUGUUCUCAUCGACUUCAUUCACUUAGGAUCCAUCAUAGAUACCGGUUACGAUCUAUCAUAAGUAGAAGGAAAAAUUGAAUGGCGCGAUGAAGGAGAAGCGGUAAUUGCAAUUGGAGGAGAUCGAUGCUCCUUAAGGGGAAGUGACGUCCACGUCGUAUCAUAACAAUUGGUGCGAGCCACUGCGAACAAUAAGGUCAGGGUGUCGUUGCACUGCACGUAGCGUCUCGCGCCUAGUUGGAUAAGCUCCGACGAGGUUGAGCGAGUAAGCGAUAAGAGGAAUUCGAUCUUUCAAAACUGAGAGUGUGCCGCAGAAAGUGCGAUCAUCAUGUUGACGGAGAGCUGGCUCAACAUCACUUCGGUCAUUAAUAUGACAACGACGAUGAUGCCCGAUAUAAUGAGCAGCGUUGCGCCAAAGAGACACGUGACUUUCGUGCCUCAACUCGUGCUGACUCUCGUCUACGUAACCGGCGUCAUCGGCAAUGUGUCCGCUCUUGUCAUUCUCUUUCAUCGAGAUAAGGGGAGGAACCGCAAGCACCUGCUAAUGUUGCGUUGUCUGGCAACCAACGAUCUCACCGCUUUACUGGGGAUGCUGGUACAGAUGUAUGUCACAAUUUAUGUCGGUAACGUGGCCUCCACGCGAAUAUUUUGCUCUUUACGAGUGGUCUGGCGACUUUUCGGCCUCUUCAGUGGUUGUGUCGCUAUCGUCAUGGCGGGGGAGAGAUGGCUGGCCUUAACUAGGCCCUUCGUUUAUCAGAAGCAGGUGACGUAUCCGGUAAUUGUGCGGUGCAUGUUGGCGCUUUGGUUAGCAGCGUUGGCGUUGACCAGCCUUCCAGUUUUGGGUUUCGGAUUAUACUACAAAGGCGAACGUUGCGUACGUUACAGGGAGGCCACUGAACCGAGAGACAUCGCUUACGCUUAUGUAUGGUGCCUUUUCGGCACGCUUCUAUGUUUGUCCAUUGUUUGGUGCAAUCUGGCGGUCUCCAGGGCUCUGAGUAGAUUAGGUCGUCGCACAGGUGCCCUCAGACGAAUCUGCAGAGCUUCAUCGAGAGCAAAACCAUUGCUGAGAAUAGCCGGAAUUCCAGGUCGGCAGGAAAUCGUUGCUACGGUUGAAGAGAGGGCAUUUGCAAGGCUUAUGGCGGUAUUGUCCAUAUCGUUCGUUAUUUGCUGGAUGCCUCAUAUGAUAUCUAUUCCAUUGGCCCAAUUUGCGAUGAAGCUACCUCCGACGGCUGUCACUACACGAAAAUGUAUUCGUAUCUUCUUCAUCAUGGCCGAUAUUCUUUUAUGCAUUCACUUCACACUCGAUCCGUAUAUUUAUGUGAUUCUACGAAUGCCACGUCCGAGAUUCAGAUUGCUGAAGCCGCUCUGCAGGAUCUGUUGGCCGGAUCGAAGUCGCUCUGGCUCGUUCACAGGAACGAUGGAUCACCAAUGCAGCAGUGGUGACCCGCCUACGCCGAUUACCGAGGCUCCGUCGACACCUGUUAGCGAGGAACACGAGUCGCAUGUGGUGACAGCAUCGGUCUGAGGACGGUUUCUGAUCUUCUUAACCCUUAUGUCAAUACCUGAGUACCUUCCCCACUUUAGGUAUCUUUUAAAAAAUUUUAAUUAAUAUAUUAAUUAACUUUAAUUAAUAAGUAUUUUUUAUUAAAAUAUCGCCAAAUGUAAUAUCUGAUCUCCCUCCCCCCUAUUAUUUGAACAAUUUUACAUAAGUUUACUCACUUAUUCAAAAACAUGUUGGGAAAAGAUUUUGAAUUUUUGGUCAUGAAACUUGAUCACACGGUUGUUUAAUAGGUACAAUUUACAACGUACCAAUCUUUACAAAAUAAAGCUGAAAUUUAAAAUAGGGGAUCAAAGAUACUUGUAAAAAAUAUUGGAAUUCUAAGAUAUUGAAUAUAUUUGCACCAAAAUAAGUAUAUACCUGUUUCUGGGAUCAUUGAUGAGACAGACAUGACAAAAUUGUAAAUCUAAUUUUGGUAUUUAACCAAGCAAUACAUGUCAACAUGUGAAUAAAAGCAUGAUCUGAAUGCAUUAAUAUAAUGAAAAUAUUAUUAGAAAAUCGUCAAACUGUUCAGCCUACAUUAGAUUCUUAAUAACAAAAAGUUGAAAUUCUGAUCGUAGAUUUGUCUCAUUAGUAAUCCCAAAAAACCUGUAUAUACUUAUUUUAGUAACUAGAUUCAAUAUUUUAGAAUUCCAAUAUUUUUCACAACUAUCACAGAUCUGUUAUUUCGAAUUUCAAAGCUUUAUUGUUAAAAAUUUGCAUGAGUAAGUUGUAAAGCGAUUCAUAACAAAUAAAUUAAAAAAAUUAUUCGUUUAAGUAAUAAACCGUGCAGUAACUUUUGUCCAAAAAAAUGUCUUUUAUCUCAUCGUGCGUCGCGUUAAACAAAUUUAUACAAGGCAAAAAAAGAGAGAGAAGGGGAGUUGAGAUCGUUAUGCAAACUAUCGUUAGAAGAAGCUGAGGAAAUAUUCUUAGAAAAGUUGAACAAGGGAAGCCUUUUUCUACUUGUAACAUAAGAAAUUCCAUAAUAAAUACUCGAGAACCCGGGUCGUAAUGUAAAGUAAAAUGUUUGGGCAUUGACAUAAUGAUUAAAGCGAGCGAAAAAUCACGACGUAAACGUUUCGGUCGCUCGAACACUGGAAGACAUUUGUCUUAUUUUCGAUCGACUUGUUAAAAACUCCGUUCAUUUGCGCCAGGCAAGUGAUAGUGAUGUUGACUUUCCGCGCGCGAAAUUAAAAUGUUACUUAAAGAGAUUACUUUAAGGAAGAGAAUGCAUAGUUUGUAAAUAAGAGAAUUGAAUGUAUAUUCCAAUAUAUGUCUAUAAAUUUCUAGUCAAUAACGAGCGCGAGAAUAACGAUUUGACAGAACGUAUAAUCACAUCAUGGGCAAUCAUCAAAGUGUGACGCCGUGUGACGGGGCGUACGUACAAACGUGAAUCAUACUUUUGUAGAUUACAAUUCGUAAGAAUCUAUUAGGUCGCUGAAUCUAUUAGGUCGUUCAUUAAGUUCUGCGAUUUUUUUGCCUUAAAUUGAAACACAAAUCUACCGCAAAACUUAAUGGACGAUCUAAUACAAUGUGUUCUUUGUGUCUUGUUUCUGCUUUUCGUUUCUUGUUUCUUGUAUUCUUAUCGUCUAAAGCCUGAUCUACAAUAUGCUCUUUGCUUCCUACUUCUUUCUCUUUAUCUUUUUCUGACUCUAAUCUUAAGCUUUAAGCUUAAAGCAGAAAAAGAUAGAAGACAAGAAAUAGGACGUAAAAAGUAUAUUGUAGAUCAGGCUUGAAACCAAGGAACAUCGUCGUAUGCAAUUUGUUCUCUCUGAGGGAAAGUGUCACUUUGCGUGGACCAAUCGAUCGUUUUGAUUAGGUAACAGACUGACCAACUCCUUUAACUUCACUGGUAUUUUGUAUCUUUUGUAUUUCUUGUUAUCGUCGCUUCGAGAUAAAAGUUGACGAACUCCAGAAGAAUCAAGAGACAAAAGACACAAUCGUCGAUAAAGCUUGAUCUACAAUAUGCUCUUUGCGUUCUGUUUCUUGCUUCUGUCUUUUUCUGGCUUAAAGCUUAAGAUUUGAAUCAGAAAGAGAUAAAGAGAAAGAAGCAGGAAGCAAAUAACAUAUUAUAGAUCAAGCUUAAAACAGUACAUCGAGAAGCAAAUAUGCAAAAAGUGAAAAGCAGAAAACAGGAAGCAAAGAACAUUUUGUAGAUUAAGUUGCAAGAACGCAUUGAUAUCGUUCUAUGACGUCAUCGCCUCCACAUCUCUAUUGUGACAGAAUCAAAUGUGUUUGAUUUUCAAUCAUGGAGCUUGUAAGCGUAAAGCAGGAUAUAAAUGUUUAAAAAUUAAGCGACUACGAUACUCUUCAUUUCUUAGAUUUCUAUCAAAUAGAACGCUAUAAUCUAACAUUGAAAAUAAGUACGAGAAUCGUGAUGUGCAGCUGCAGCCCAAUAAAUCUCUGAAGCUUUAAAUAUGCACGACACGAUUAACUUCGCGAAUUAUUUAUUUAGAAUUCUUUUAUAUGAUUUACUUAUGCUUUUUAUUUCAUCAAGCGUGAGAGCAACUUGAAUAAGCACAACAGUACGAUUCACGUUCGUACGCCUUCACGUCUUGUGGGAACGCGACAUAAUGUCAUCAGAAUCGGGAAAAGUAGCGCGGAAAUGUAUUCCAGAUAUAUUCGUCGCGAGAGACCAAACAUAAACACAUAGAUAUAAAUUAUAAUGUCUUAAAAAACAGUUUUUCUGAGAGAAGAAAGUGUGGUUUAUAAGUAUAAAAUACAUUAAAACAAUAAUAAUAUAUACAUAAAAUACAUUUUUUUGGAGAUAUUAGUAUUUUUAGCAUAUAUUUGGAAUACUGUGUCCGAUCCUAGACGCAGCAUAUUGCAAAGAUAUUUUAUAAAUGUUUUAGUUAUGUAAGAUUUAAUUAGUUGUAAACAAGGUGUUUCUAGAUUUAGGUGUCCCACCGCAUCAAUCGCGUUGACUGACAAAUAUUCUUUCAUUAAUAUUUUAAUAAUUACCAUAAUAGAGUUUAGAACAGUACAGGAUUUUUCUAUGUAAUGUAAUAAGAUUUAUGCCUGCACACAACUAACUCUAACUCUCAGCAUCUAAUCCUAGACAUCUUGUAUAAUUAAUGGAUAUGUAAAAUAAGUUUUGUUUUUUCAUAAUCUUUUUAUUACACAUUUUUUCAUUGACGUUAAAAAAAUAUGUAUAGAAUGUCUGACAAACAAAAAAAAA